UGAACGAACAAUUCUUUCCAUAGAGCUGUAAUUCCGGGGGCUCCACAAUGGGAUCCUAACGAUGCUUUAUUGUUAGGGGGUAUUUAAUAAGCUGAAUGCAUGAGGAAAUGAGACACAGGGAAAAAGCAUUCAGAGGGGCUUCAAAUAAAGUGAUUAAUUCACCUCCUGCCCACCACUAGCUAGACAGACGUGGAUAAAUUCACCCACAAAUUACUGGCAACCACGGCAAAAGAAGGAAACUUCUCAACAAAUGGAGUUCCUUCGAUUUCGGUUACCUUGAUAUCGAUUGCUAAUUUGAUCAUGGAAAUCCGAUAAUGGACAAGGUGUUGAUAGAACUUUCAUGUUUCAAGGAUCAUAUGUCCCAGGUGCGACCCCUCUUUAGAAGGAAAGGCCUGAAGGUCGCUGAAUGCAGCCAGUGUUUUUCUUGUUGGUAGAGAUUAUCUCGAAGACUCGUGUCUUGUGGCACCGUUCUUAAUGGUGGACAUACUUGGGAUAUGAGGGGAUUCCUGUUUAUCGUUCGAGUGUUUGCUGGGAAGGAUUACUGCUCGCUGAAAUCAGAUGUCCAAACAGGAGAGAGGCUCUGGUGAUUGUUAGAGCCAGAAGUCUCUGCCACAAACACUUCCACUGUUUGAUUGCUCGUCAAACGUUUGUUAACUUUGUAGAGACAAACUCAUUGACAUUUCGCACGGUAUUGAGAAGUUGUUGUGAAUUUUGUGGUGUUCUUCGAUUAUUUAUAUUUCUUUCGGUGCUAAAACAUAACUAUGGCAACUUUACCAAGAACUUCUGGGCAGCUUGGAGCUCUUUCUAUGCAGCCAGGCGCUCUCCCAAACAGCGUCAGAAGGAAAAAGACCAAACCUUCCAAACCCAAACAGGAGAAAAUAGAGGAGAAACUUGUGGAAGAGAAUCAGUCGAAGGCGGUCGCCAUGACGCUGACGACUAUGCGGGCCGGGUUACAGCGGGCCUACUUAGACGGCCUGGAGUUUAUACGCAACAAAAUCUCGGACACCGAGACCGAAGUCACCAAAACGAGGCUGUCGUUCUACAGCUGUAACGAGACGGACGAGGACAGUUUCCUACAGUACCUGAAGGAGUGUAAUGACCAUUUCCUGAUGGCGAACAAUGAGCUCCGGAGGAAGAACAUUAAGCUGGAGGUGAUAGACAGUGAGAUGAGGAUUGUGACUCUGUUAAACCACUUACGUGAGGCCGCGGAAUUCGACAAAGGGGAGAUCGCGUUCAUCACUGGAUUCUGGGAGAACAUCAAACACACGGUGGAGUCAUUUCAUUCACUGGUGGAUAAGUUCCAGACCAAUGUUCUCAAUCGUCUCAAUCAAAACUGUACCAGCUACAACAAUGCUGAUAUCAGUCUGGAGGUGUCCAACCGUUACACUGAGGAGAUAUCUGGCUACAUCGCGGAGCUAGAGCGGGAACUCACAAACAUGCGCCUGUUGAUGAAAACUUACGAUAGCGGAAUUCAUCAGGAUCUGUUCUCUCAAAACUCAAAGUUUGCGGAAAAAGUGUUAGUCUCGUGUGAUCUUAAAGCGUUCCCGAUUCUUCGACUUGCUCCGGAUUUAGCGGAAAAGAUGGAGAAUGUUUGUGCUAUAGCGAGGAAAUGGUUGGACCGUGACGAACAAUAUAUGUAUGAAGUAAACAACUACAUCAAAGAAACGAGAAAUAUCGCCAAAAAGAGAGAGGAGGAUCUAAAGAACCAGAAAGAGAAACAAAAGAAAAUCGAGAAAGCGGUGAAAACGGCAAGCAUCCUACUGCACAACAAUAAAGAGAAGCUCCAGAAGAUCGAGUCCGAGCUAAAUUCUCUGGAAGGACAGUUAAAUGGAUUCAAGCAGGAGAAGAAGUGUAAGCACACAGAGAAAGCCCAGAAAUCUAGCAUGGCCGACUUUCUAUCCAUUACAAUGACACAGACACGGAAAAAUUAUAACCUACAAAUGAAAAGACAACGUCUAGUGAAACAGGUGCGCGAACUGGAGGAAUUUCUGAUCGGAUUAGAGAGAGAACUUUCAAAUGUGGAGGAUGAGUUAAUGGUGAAAUCUCAGGAAAGGAUUCUUAUAAACGAAAAGGUAGAGACCAGUGUCAAAACGUACGAUACGCUCAAAACGGACUUCGAAAAAUAUUCUGAUAAUUUAGAGAAACUAGAACAAGAGGUGAAUAUUCUGUCUGGACAGUUAUUGCAGCUGGAAAUUAUUCAGACUUACAAAACAAGUCCCGAGAACGUGGAACAGAUCUUUGAUCGUCCUCAGACUGUGAAACUAGCACCGUCGUUAAAAGAAAAGAUCAAACGGAAGCGGAAAGGACUUCCGGUGACCGAAAGUUGACGCAUGAGCGUCGACACUAUUUGUUUUCCCUUGCUUGUAACGUGUACAAUAUUGCAUGUAGAAGACUUUAUCGUUCCAGGCAUAGUCAUACUGCAUUUAUUAAAAGAGCACCUUGCUUAUUAUUUACAUAUGUCACAAAUGGCGAACACAAAUUGUUAUUGUUAUUAUACGAUGUUGUUGAAACAGUCCUGUGUUCGUUCUACAGAGCCAGAACGGAAGCAGGUGCCCCUAGUUACCUAAGUCUGCAAACUAAGCAUACCUCAUUAUGACAUUCAGUCUAUGUUGCCAAAAUACGCAAUAAAAGUUACAGAAAUGAA